AUGAGCAGCUCGCGCAACAACCGCGUGAUGGUGGAGGGCGUGGGCGCGCGCGUGGUGCGCGGCCCCGACUGGAAGUGGGGCAAGCAGGAUGGCGGCGAGGGCCACGUGGGCACCGUGCGCAGCUUCGAGAGCCCCGAGGAGGUGGUGGUCGUGUGGGACAACGGCACGGCCGCCAACUACCGCUGCUCGGGCGCCUACGACCUGCGCAUCCUGGACAGCGCGCCCACGGGUAUCAAGCACGAUGGGACUAUGUGUGAUACGUGUCGACAGCAACCGAUCAUUGGUAUACGAUGGAAAUGUGCUGAAUGCACCAAUUAUGACUUGUGCACAGUUUGCUAUCAUGGGGACAAGCAUCACUUGAGGCAUCGCUUUUAUAGAAUUACCACACCGGGAAGUGAAAGGGUAUUGUUAGAGUCUCGCCGUAAAUCCAAGAAAAUCACAGCAAGAGGAAUCUUUGCAGGUGCCAGGGUGGUGCGAGGAGUUGACUGGCAAUGGGAAGAUCAAGAUGGUGGCAACGGGCGUAGGGGAAAGGUAACUGAAAUCCAGGACUGGAGUGCAUCGAGCCCGCAUAGUGCAGCAUAUGUUCUCUGGGACAAUGGUGCUAAAAACCUCUACAGAGUUGGCUUUGAGGGCAUGUCUGACCUGAAAUGUGUCCAAGAUGCAAAAGGAGGCUCUUUCUACAGGGACCAUUGUCCUGUGUUAGGUGAGCAAAAUGGUAACAGAAAUCCAGGUGGGCUGCAAAUUGGUGACCUUGUCAACAUUGACCUUGAUCUAGAAAUUGUGCAGUCUUUGCAGCAUGGUCACGGAGGAUGGACAGACGGCAUGUUCGAAACCUUAACAACAACUGGAACAGUGUGUGGCAUUGAUGAGGAUCACGACAUAGUCGUGCAGUAUCCAAGUGGCAACAGGUGGACGUUUAACCCAGCUGUUCUCACCAAAGCCAACGUAGUGCGAAGUGGAGAUGCUGCUCAAGGUGCAGAAGGAGGAACCUCUCAGUUUCAAGUGGGUGACCUUGUCCAGGUGUGUUACGACUUGGAGCGGAUCAAGCUUCUUCAGAGAGGCCACGGAGAGUGGGCUGAAGCAAUGCUUCCCACUUUAGGUAAAGUUGGUCGGGUCCAGCAGAUCUAUUCAGACAGUGACCUAAAGGUAGAGGUUUGUGGGACAUCUUGGACAUACAACCCUGCAGCUGUCUCAAAAGUGGCAUCAGCAGGAUCUGCUAUAAGCAAUGCAUCUGGGGAGAGACUGUCCCAGCUAUUGAAGAAGUUAUUUGAAACCCAGGAAUCUGGAGAUCUCAAUGAAGAACUGGUUAAAGCUGCUGCCAAUGGAGAUGUUGCUAAAGUGGAAGACCUGCUGAAGAGACCAGAUGUGGAUGUGAAUGGUCAGUGUGCUGGACACACAGCUAUGCAAGCAGCGAGUCAGAAUGGCCAUGUGGACAUUUUAAAGUUGCUUCUGAAACAGAACGUGGAUGUAGAAGCAGAGGACAAGGACGGGGACCGGGCCGUCCACCACGCGGCUUUCGGCGACGAGGGCGCCGUCAUCGAGGUGCUGCACAGGGGCAGCGCCGACCUGAACGCCCGCAACAAGCGCAGGCAGACGCCGCUCCACAUCGCCGUCAACAAAGGCCACCUGCAAGUCGUCAAGACUCUGCUGGACUUCGGCUGCCACCCUAGUCUCCAGGAUUCCGAAGGGGACACUCCGCUGCACGACGCCAUCAGCAAGAAGCGGGACGACAUCCUGGCGGUGCUGCUGGAGGCCGGCGCCGACGUGACCAUCACCAACAACAACGGCUUCAACGCGCUUCACCACGCCGCCCUGCGAGGGAACCCCAGUGCAAUGCGUGUGCUGCUGUCCAAGUUACCACGACCAUGGAUUGUUGAUGAGAAAAAAGAUGAUGGUUACACUGCUUUGCAUCUGGCAGCCCUCAAUAACCACGUGGAAGUGGCUGAACUUCUGGUGCAUCAGGGCAAUGCCAACCUGGAUAUCCAGAACGUUAACCAGCAGACUGCUCUGCACCUUGCUGUUGAACGACAGCACACUCAAAUAGUGAGGCUCUUAGUCCGUGCAGGGGCUAAGCUGGAUAUUCAGGACAAAGAUGGGGACACCCCCCUGCAUGAAGCCCUGAGGCACCACACGUUGUCACAGCUCCGCCAACUGCAAGACAUGCAAGAUGUGGGCAAGGUAGAUACUGCUUGGGAGCCAUCAAAGAACACACUGAUAAUGGGACUUGGCACUCAGGGCGCAGAGAAGAAGAGUGCAGCAUCUAUUGCCUGCUUCCUGGCAGCCAACGGGGCUGACCUCAGUAUUCGGAAUAAGAAGGGUCAGUCUCCUCUUGAUCUCUGCCCUGAUCCCAGCCUCUGCAAAGCACUGGCUAAAUGCCACAAAGAAAAAGUCAGCGGUCAGGUUGGCUCCCGAAGUCCAUCUAUGAUCAACAAUGAUUCUGAAACCUUAGAAGAAUGUAUGGUGUGCUCAGACAUGAAAAGGGACACUCUGUUUGGCCCAUGUGGGCACAUUGCCACCUGCUCCCUCUGCUCACCACGAGUCAAAAAAUGCCUCAUCUGUAAAGAGCAAGUUCAGUCUAGGACAAAGAUUGAAGAAUGUGUAGUGUGUUCAGACAAAAAGGCAGCAGUCCUCUUCCAGCCUUGCGGUCAUAUGUGUGCGUGUGAGAAUUGUGCAAGCUUGAUGAAGAAGUGCGUGCAGUGCCGGGCCGUGGUGGAGCGGAGAGUGCCUUUCAUAAUGUGCUGUGGAGGGAAAGGUACAGAAGAUACCACUGAUGACAUUUCAAGCGGAAACAUUCCGGUCUUGCAGAAGGACAAAGACAACACCAAUGUGAAUGCGGAUGUACAGAAGCUGCAGCAACAGUUACAAGACAUCAAAGAACAGACCAUGUGUCCUGUCUGUCUGGACCGGCUCAAGAACAUGAUCUUCCUCUGUGGCCACGGGACGUGUCAGCUUUGCGGAGACCGGAUGAGCGAAUGCCCCAUAUGCCGCAAGGCCAUUGAGCGAAGGAUCCUUUUGUAUUAAAUAAUGGAACUGUUGUCUCCUCUUAGCUUCUGAAAUACUAAGGACAUUUUGACAAUUUAAAUCUCUGCAAGCUUGAAAGGCAGUCACAAAUGAAAACAUUUCUAAUACCAGAGCACAGAUUUGCUACGUGGUAAUUGUUUAAAGACUGUGAACAUGCCAAAUAAAAGAACAGUAUUUGGACAGUUAGCUUUUAACUUUGCUCUUAAAAGAUACCUAAAGCUAACUUAAAGCAGUCUGUUUUUUUUCUGUUCUCUUCCCCUUACAGUGUAAAGGGACAAUUUUAUUUUGGUUCAUGUUUUUUUUUUCCAACGUACGUAUCAGUCAGACAUCAAGUGGUGUAGAUUUUUUUUUAAUAUUGUCAGUUAUCAGAUAUAAAUAUUUAGGGUUUUUUGUUUGUUUUAAGCUUCUUUCGACAAUAUUCAUAUGUCCUGUGACAGUUAUGGUUGACAAUAAUUAUUAUCUUAAGAUAUAAAAUAAUGCAAAAUCAGUAUGAAGUGUACACAUUAUAGUAAUAAAUAUAAUACUGUUCAUGCAAGAACAGACCUCAAAAUGUAAUGUUAAAGUAAUUCUAACAUUAAUGUGUCCUUUGUUGCUAAGGAUGAAUCAGGAAGCCAAAACCAGUAAAAAGACGAAUUUGACUUAGAAAAUACGAUGUUCCUAAAAUUGCACUUUAGUCUAACAGGUUCAAGCUAACUUAAAUGGUAAACUUGUUAAUUCUGCUAGCGACAUAACUUUGUAUGGAA